CCUGUUAGUCACUUUAUUCCACCAACACUGUUGGAGCACGUGCUAUGGGUCAGGCACUUUCUAGGUAAGGGGGCCACAGUCAGGAGCAAGACAGGUUAACCCCUCUUUCUAAUAAGGGAGACUGACUAGGGGUUGCAUGGAAACCAGGUGGCCAAGGGGGGCGUCACUGUCACUGAAGUGACCUCUGAACCACAAGUUACAGGAGGUGAAGGAGGCAUCCAUAUCUUCGACCCCCCAGAGGAGCUGGAGCGGAAGGUGUGGGAGCUGGCGAGGCUGGUCUGGCAGUCCUCCAAUGUGGUGUUUCACACGGGGGCCGGCAUCAGCACCGCCUCUGGCAUCCCCGACUUCAGGGGUCCCCACGGAGUCUGGACCAUGGAGGAGCGGGGCCUGGCCCCCAAGUUCGACACCACCUUUGAGAGCGCGCGGCCCACGCAGACCCACAUGGCAUUGGUGCAGCUGGAACGUGUGGGCCUCCUCCGCUUCCUGGUCAGCCAGAACGUGGACGGGCUCCAUGUGCGCUCCGGCUUCCCCAGGGACAAACUGGCAGAGCUUCAUGGGAACAUGUUCGUGGAAGAAUGUGCCAAGUGUAAGACGCAGUACGUCCGGGACACGGUCGUGGGCAGCAUGGGCCUGAAGGCCACGGGUCGGCUCUGCACCGUGGCUAAGGCGAGGGGGCUGCGGGCCUGCAGGGGGGAGCUGAGGGACACCAUCCUAGACUGGGAGGACUCCCUGCCGGACCGGGACCUGGCGCUCGCCGAUGAGGCCAGCAGGAACGCCGACCUGUCCAUCACCCUGGGCACGUCGCUGCAGAUCCGACCCAGCGGGAAUCUACCACUGGCCACCAAGCGCCGGGGAGGCCGCCUGGUCAUCGUCAAUCUGCAGCCCACCAAGCAUGACCGUCACGCAGACCUCCGAAUCCAUGGGUACGUUGACGAAGUCAUGACCCGGCUCAUGAAGCACCUCGGGCUGGAGAUCCCCCCCUGGGACGGUCCCCGUGUGCUGGAGAGGGCGCUGCCGCCCCUGCCCCGCCCGCCUGCCCCCAAGCUGGAGUCCAAGGAGGAAUCCCCCACCCGGAUCAACGGCUCUGUCCCCGCCAGCCACAAGCAGGAGCCCUGUGCCCAGCACAACGGCUCAGAGCCCGACAGCCCCAAACGGGAGCGGCCCGCCAGCCCUGCACCCCACAGACCCCCAAAAAGGGUGAAGGCUGAGGUGGUCCCCAGCUGACCAGGGUGCUCGGGGAGGGCGGGGCUUUUUGUAGAAACUGUCGAUUCUUUUUCUCUCGUGGUCUCACUUUGUCACUUGUCUCUUUCCCCCGGGAAACCUCAGGGCUCUGAGAGCUGCGCUCCAGGGGUCGCACCUGCCCUCCAAGGUCUCUCCCUGGGCUCCACGGGCCUCUGGUGGGGGUCUGGGAAGAAACCACACCCCAGGGCUGACAGCUGAGCUCCUGCUAUACCCCAGCCUCUGACUCAGGGUGUUGUUGGGAGGUGUGGCUGGGCCCUCCCUGGUCUCUAGUCUAAACAGGAGUGACCUCUCUCUGGGCCCCCCACACCCCACCCACUCCUCCUCCAUGGGCCCUGCAGAAGGGGAGACCCACUUCAAAGUGGGGGACACAGCAGAGGCUGGUACUGCCUUUGGAGCUGGAGAGAGGGAGACAUGGGUCCACCAGGCUUCUGGAAAAGUCUUCAAUGCAAUAAAAACAGAACUUCCUUCUUGC